AUGACUUCAAUACGACAGGGACCCUGGGGGAUUCGUGUGGGUGUGAAUGAUGCAUAUGCUAAUAUCACUGAGGCCUCCGGCCCCAUAAAUCUGUGUGGCUGUUUUUUCCUUCGGGGGGUGAACCAUGGUGACAUUCGGAUGCAUGCUACCAUCGCGCGGGCACGGCUACCAUCGCGCCCAAUGGGCGCCACGGUGAACAGGCGGAUGUGCGGCGCGGCUACCAUCGCGCCCAAUGGGCGCGACGGUCAACAGGCGGAUGUGCGGCACGGCUACCAUCGCGCCCAAUGGGCGCGACGGUCAACAGGCGGAUGUGCAGCACGGCUACCAUCGCGCCCAAUGGGCGCGACGGUCAACAGGCGGAUGUGCAGCACAGCUACCAUUGCGCCCAAUGGGCGCGACGGUCAACAGGCGGAUGUGUGGCGUGGCUACCAUCCCGCCCAAUGGGCGCGAUGGUCAACAGGCGGAUGUGCAGCGCGGCUACCAUCGCGCCCAAUGGGCGCGACGGUAAACAGGCGGACGUGUGAGGCGGCUACCAUCACGCCCAAUGGGUUCGACGGUAAACAGGCGGAUGUGCGGCACGGCUACCAUCGCGCCCAAUGGGCGCGACGGUCAACAGGCGGACGUGUGAGGCGGCUACCAUCACGCCCAAUGGGCACGACGGUGAACAGGCAGAUGUGCGGCACGGCUACCAUCGCGCCCAAUGGGCGCGACGGUGAACAGGCAGAUGUGCGGCGCGGCUACCAUCGCGCCCAAUGGGCGUGA